AGGCCUUCAUUAUGUCGUUGUUUAUAUGCUAGCGGAGCUGCUGGCGAAUCGAUCGGCCAUAAAACGUGGAAAUAUCCCUCUUUUCAGGCACGACAACCCAUUUCCAAGAUGCCGACCACCCCAGAGCAAAUGACCAGAUAUGAAAAAAUCGAAUCCGUCAUUAAGGGGUUUAAAUUGUCGUCACUGACGUAUAAGAGGGUCAUGCACUUACUUCAUGAGGAGAUGAAAAGGGGACUUUGUCAGAAGUCCCACUCCCGGGCAGAUAUAAAGAUGUUCCCCACUUUUGUCAGGGCUCUUCCAGAUGGAUCAGAAAAAGGCAGUUUUCUGGCCCUGGAUCUUGGAGGAACAAACUUCCGGGUUUUGCUCGUCAAACUGAAUGGACGUGACGUAGAUAUACAAAGUAAAACAUACCUCAUUCCACAAAGAGUCAUGCUAGGCACCGGUACCCAGUUAUUUGAUCACAUAGCCGAUUGUAUCAGAAAAUUCAUGGACGAACAUGAUCUACGGAACCACAAACUGCCUCUGGGUUUUACGUUUUCUUUUCCUUGCAAACAAGAGGGUCUCGCCAAAGCUCGUUUAUCACAAUGGACGAAGGGCUUCCGGUGCGAAGGGGUCGUAGGAGAAGACAUUUGUCGCUUAUUGCAUGAAGCACUGCACAGAAUCAAGAUUACUAGCGUUGAAGUACUUGCUGUUGUCAACGACGCUGUCGGAACCCUCAUGUCGGCAGCUCACAGUGACAGGCAGUGUGAAAUCGGUCUUAUAUUAGGUACCGGAUGUAAUGCUUGUUACAUGGAAUCUCUUGAUAAUGUCGGUCUGUGGGAGGAAGAGCGCGACCAUCCGAACGAGGUUAUUAUAAAUACGGAAUGGGGCGCGUUUGGAGAUAAUGGUUGUUUAGACUUCAUAAGAACUGAGUAUGAUCGUGAACUGGAUAAUUUCUCAAUAAAUCCUGGUAAACAAAUAAUGGAGAAGAUGAUUUCCGGUAUGUAUAUGGGUGAGAUAGUGAGAUUGGUACUAGAGAGACUCGCCAUGGACGAGCUCCUUUUCUCCGGAGUCGAUAGAGACGGCGAACUCUUCAUCCGUGGCCGAUUUUACACGAAAUAUGUUUCAGAGAUUGAAAGUGACCAUGACGAGUUUUUCAGGAAUACCAAACAGGUUCUUGAUGAACUGGGGAUUGAAAACUACACCUCAGACGACUGCAAGAUUGUCAAAUAUGUCUGUACUCUUAUUUCUGCGCGCGCAGCUUUCCUUUCAUCUGCUGGCAUCGCUACCCUGAUCAACCGCUUGAAAAAGAAGUCUAUGACAAUUGCCGUAGAUGGUUCCCUCUACAGGUUUCACCCUCGAUUCCACAAUCUUAUGGUUCUGAAAAUUCAAGAACUAGUCAACCCUGGGCAUAAGUUUAAAUUGGUUUUAUCUCACGAUGGAAGCGGAAAAGGAGCAGCAUUAGUAGCAGCUGUCGCCACUAGACUUCAGGAUAAAAAGAACACUGCAGAGUGAACAUAAUACCGUUAUAUUAGAGUUUUCAAAAGAGGAGGAAGAAUCUUGCAUAAGAUCACGUGACAUUCGCUUUCCGGUCAUGUGAUUACUUUCUUCAUGUUUAUCAUUUUGCAUUGGCUGCAUUACAUAGGGAAUCAUAUUUCUCUGUAUGCUAAUGUAUUGAUACAAUUAAGCGUUUUGCUUCGAGGUUUCAGCAAAGACAUUGACAAUUGAGGGCAUUAUUGCAUUAAAUGGUGCAUCUAAUAUACUAACAAUGACACUGUAGCAAAGAUGUUACACUUUCGUGAAAAUGAGAGAAUGUAGAAGAGAGUUCAUCUGAAUACAUAUUGAGGUUUUCUUCUUCGAAAGCAGUUUUCCCUGUUCUGUGAUUAAACAAAUGGUUGUUUAUCGCAUAGAAAAAAUGUUAUGAAAAAUACCCAGUGAUCAACGUACAUGUACAACUUUCUUACUUGGCAAAUGAAAGUAAACUCCAAAGAGGCUGGUUUUCUACUGCUACGUAUUAAAACAUACUCAUAUUUGUAAAUACACAUGAAAUAUGCUUGUAUAUUAUAGAAAUGUAUAAUUAUAUAUGUAUCCAUGUACAGUUCAUGAUCAGUUGUUUUCCCCUGAGCUACUGUUGUACUCCUUGGCUUUUUGUUAUGAUAUAUGGACUUGUUAUUAUGAAAUAAAACCAAUUUUUGAGAAA